CGCUGGGCGUGGGGCCUCUGUGGUGGUCCUGAUGUGCCCCAUGCCGCAUUGUCUGUAUCUACAGUCAACACAGAGAGCCGCGGCGUGGGGAUCAAGCAGAGUCAGCUCUCUGUGAGCUCCCACAUUGUACAAGAGGAUGAAUUGUUGAAAGCCAUAAGAAGCAACGAACCAUUGCGUCUAACGUUCACUCUCCACUUGACUGAGAGUACGUCCGUCGAGUGGGAGACCGUAGCAUGGCGCCGUUGUCUAUACAUUCGCGUACCUAGCUGCCUUCUGCCUGAAGGAUCAAAAGAGGGCUUUGUUUCGCUCCUAGAAUACGCCGAAGAAACACUACGCUGCACCAAUAUCAUUGUUUGCCUUCGCAAAGAUAGAUCAGACCGAGCAAUGCUGGUUCGUACCUUCAUGUUCUUGGGUUUCACGGUCCUGCCGCCAACUCAUGCCUUGGUACCACCAGGCAGUGAUGCUGGCAAUCUCUACAUGCUCUAUGCCAUCGAGUAAUCGGCAAGCAGUUCUGCCUCUCAAAUUUAACGCGCAGGUACUACCAAAUCUAAGGUAAAAUUCUGAAAAGGACAAUUGGAAAAUUCUGGGAAACAGCACAUUUUUCUUUUAUAUUUUAAGUUUUACUAUACAUAUAUAAUUUGCUUUUUCUUAUUAGUUGCAAAUUUGGAAAUAUAUAAGUUUCGAAAAAUCACAUUUAUAUCAAACGAUUAUAUUUAGUGCGGAAAAACUUCGGCGUUAAAUUAAAGAGGCUUGAUGAAAAAACAAAAAAAAAUUAUAGUCGCGAAUACGUAGAACGCGUACAUAAAAGGCUUUCAAUGGGUAUAUCGAUUCAUUCUCUUGAACACAAUGUUAAUAACUCCUAUAAGAGCAUAUAAGCUGCUGACAAAGCUUCCCACGUGAAAGAAUUUGACGGAAUCUGUAGUCGUACUGAACAACUAACAUCACGGCAACGAACUGUCAAAUUUUAGAGAAAAUUUAUUAUCGAUAUAUCUCAAUGUUAAUUGUGGCAGAUUGGGUACCACCGCGUUAUUCUCCGUAAUAUAUGUAUAAGUACAUUUGCUUAUUAUUUUUAAGUAUUAUCAAUAUGUAUAAUCUAGACUUUAAUAUCUGUUAUGCGAGUACCAACAAAUAAGUUUUGAUCGCUUUCGUUCUAUCAUUUAAGAAUGAUAUUAUUUAUGAAUAAUUGACUGAUAUCCUUUAUAAACUGUGCAAUUAUCUUUCUGUAGUUCCGAACAUAAUUCAUGUUCAUGAAAUAAAAAAAAAUUGCGCAAACAUCUAGUAAAAACAAAAUUUGGAUGAUUCAGUUGACUUUUCGUAAAAUAUGAAUCUUUUUGAAAUUUUAUUUAUGAUAAAAUGUGUUAGUAUAAAUUGAUUACUAGCUAACUUAAAACAGUGUUUUCUAUCAUGUGGAUGGCACAGCUUUGCAAAUUU